AUGCCGGAUCCUUUCGUGAAAGGUGAAAUCCAUGAGAAGAAGGUCAUGCUGAGCGUCUGGUGGGGGGUUCAUGGAAUCUACCGUUUCGAACUGCUGCCGGACAACACGACAGAUACUGCCGAGGUCUACUGCGCUCAACUGCAAAGACUGGCCGACAAGAUCCGUAAAGAGCACCCGAAGCUCGACAACGUUCGCCUGCUGCACGAUAACGCGCGCCCUCACAUCGCUAAGAAGACUUCCCAGAAAAUUCUGGAGCUCGGAUGGCCAGUUCUACCGUACAGCCCGGACCUGGCCCCGAUCGACUACCACAUCUUCCGAUCGCUUCAGCAUCACCGGGAAGAGGAGCGCUACGAUGAUCAUAACCACCUCGAAAAUGACCUUAGGGCUUUCUUCGCCUCCAAAUUGCCGGAGUUCUACGUCAAAGAAAUCCGUAAUCUUGUGAGACCUUGGCAGAAGGUUGUCAAUAUUGAAGGAGAUCAUUUUGUCGAAUAA